AUGUCCCAUCUGCAAGAAACUACAUCACAUACAGUUUUCCCGUCUAAAUCAUCGCUGAAGCAUACGCCCUCCCGCAGCGUGUCAUCACCGCGUCUUGACGGAACCCACAGGCCCUCCCCCAAUGAGGUGGCUAUCGAAGAGUCGGCCACCCUCUUUCAUCCCUUCUUUACCUUGAUCGAGAAUCCCUCAACCUCCGAACAUCACCACCCUACUGUACACUAUAUCUUUGCAGAUGAUGAGGCCGAGAUCAUUACCGAAGCAGCCUGUCGUGCUCUAGCCCAAGACGAUGCUCAACAUAAGCAUCAAGAAGAAGAAGAAGCUAAGCUACCAGCUACGGUUGAGGAUGUCCGCGAGCACUAUAUUCUCCUUGAUGUGCAGCCUAGUGAAGGGAAUGGCUACGAGGUUAUUAAAGCACAUAGUUUGAGCUCUGACUGGCAGGUGAUGAAGGCAAGCAUAUCUAAUGCCCCCACCAUCGACGGCAAUGACGCGGAAUCUGGCGAAGGUUUGAUGCUCAAGGUUGAGGGAAUUGGUGCGAUUUCUCAGACUGAUUCAGAAGAGGCAAGCAAGAGACAGAAGGAGAGCCUGCAACAGAUGGUGGAGAGGUUUGAAAGAGGGUUAGCAGGAAUCAGGAUGAUGAUUGAUGGAGGCUUCCCAUAUGGUGGUUUCCAUGCUCAGCGUGCAUUGGAGUUUGGGAAUUCAAAGCCGGAGAUGUAUGUCUCGGCGAAGGAAUCGGAAACGAGAAUAGAGCAAGAUCAUGGACUUUCCAAAAAGAGAAUGGACAUGGAUAUUGAUUGUGCUUACGUCUGGUUGGAGCUGCACAGGAAAGGCGUCGAGGAUUAA